GAGUUUCUUGGCCAAACCGACCCCAUCAUCAUCACCAUAACCCACUUUCUCCCCCAAAAAUAUUAUUCUCUCUUAUCUCUCUCUCUUAAUUCACCAAAAAGCUCUCUCCUUUUGCUUUUUCAAUCCCUUUCAUCUCACUCCAAUAAUCCCCUGAUCUCCGAUCCACUCACCGAAACCAAAACUCCCCGAGAUUUGAUCAUCUGGGUCUCCCGAAAAAUUUGAUCUUUCAUGGGAAACAUCAGCAGCAGCGGCGGCGAUAGACGCCGGAGGCGUCGAAGCAACACGCUUCCAACCGCCGCUCCACCACCACCACCACCACCACCUCCGGCUACAGAACCUCCACCCAAUCGAAUCGUCUUCGCCGCGGCUACACCGUACCCAAACCCAAACCCUAAUCAGCAUUACCACCAGUACCCCGGCUACUACCCUCCUCCGCCGGGAACCAUGCUUCCGUCUCCGUACGAUCACCACCACCACUAUCCCCCUCCUCCUCCUCCUCCUCCUCCCCAUCCGUACCACCACCCUCACCCUUGGACCGCCGGCGGGAGAUACCCUUACGCUGGAGCCAUGGUCCCUCAGCCUCAGCCUUGCGUCGAGCAUCAGAAAGCCGUCACGAUUCGUAACGACGUUAAUCUCAAAAAGGAGUCUUUGAAGCUUGAACCCGACCCGGAUUGUCCGGGUCGGUUUCUCGUCUCCUUCACGUUUGAUGCAACUGUCUCCGGCAGGAUUACAGUUAUUUUUUUCGCUAAAGAAUCCGAAGAAUGCGUUCUCACAGCGACUAAGGAAGACGUUCUACCACCAAUCACGAUGGAUUUCGAGGUAGGACUUGGUCAGAAGUUCAAACAGCCUUCUGGUACGGGGAUAGACUUCUCUCUCUUUGAAGAAGCUGAGCUGUUCAAGGCUGCGGAAGCUGAUGUUUAUCCCUUGGCUGUGAAGGCAGAAGCGGCAGGGGCUCCUCCUUCGGGUGGUGAUGGUGAAGAAGCGGAGAGUCUGGGGUCGAAGAAUGCGCAGAUCACUCAAGCGGUGUAUGAGAAGGAUAAAGGAGAGGUUAAGAUAAGAGUGGUGAAGCAGAUACUAUGGGUUAACGAGACGAGGUAUGAGCUGCAGGAGAUUUAUGGGAUUGGGAAUAGCGUUGAUGGGGAUGAUGAUUCGGCUGAUGAUGCUAAUGAUCCGGGGAAGGAAUGUGUUAUUUGUUUGUCUGAGCCACGUGACACUACUGUUCUUCCCUGUCGGCACAUGUGUAUGUGCAGCGGAUGCGCUAAGGUGUUGAGGUUCCAGACAAAUAGGUGCCCGAUUUGUAGGCAGCCUGUAGAAAGGCUUUUGGAGAUAAAAGUUCACGGUAAUAGCGGAAGCGGGAAUAAUACUGAACAAGGAGGAACAGGUGAACAAGAGUAGUCAGAACACGGCCGAGUAUGGAUCGAUUGUUACAACUUCCAUCGAUCAUAUAUGUUUAUAUAUGCAUAUGUUUUAUAUGUGUUGACAAUAAUACGUGUGAUUGCUAAUUAUAUAAUACAGAAAUUUCGACCU